CUCCUAUAGAAUCUUUUUAAUACACUAUGUCUGCCGAACACGGAAAAGCCUGGCCUCUGUCCGACGCUAAUCUGACUAACCAGAUUCUCGAGCUCGUCCAACAAGCCGGCCAAUACAAGCAGCUGAAAAAGGGAGCUAACGAGGCUACCAAAACCCUCAAUCGAGGUAUCGCCGAGUUCAUCGUGUUGACCGCGGAUACGGAACCUCUGGAGAUUUUGCUCCAUCUCCCUUUGCUGUGCGAAGAAAAGAACGUUCCCUACGUUUUCGUGCCCUCCAAGGCCGCCCUUGGACGUGCCUGCAACGUCUCCCGUCCUGUCAUCGCCGCCAGCGUCACCACUGGCGAAUCCCGCGAAUUGAACAGCCAGAUCACGACCGUCAAGAACGCCAUUGAAAAACUCAUCGUCUAAUUGCGACAUGUUGUAUGUUACAACUCCUUGACAAUGCCAUUGUACAUCAUUUUGGGGUUCUUUGCAGCCAAGGA